AUGGUUGGCCUCGCCGCCGCUGCUCCCAAGCAGCUCGUUCAGUCUCAGAUCCAGGAGAACAUCGACCAUGCGCGUGCCGAUGCGCCUCACUUCGAAAAGGUCACCUGGUACAGGGAGCCGCAUCUGCGUAAGCUCUACACCCUGAGCAUCUUCCUGCUCGUGGCGUCUGCUACAACCGGCUACGAUGGCAUGAUGGUGAAUACCUCGCAGCAGAUGGAUAAGUGGAAGGAGUACUUCCCCGAGUCCAAGGAUGACAACAAGUUGGGUAUUUUGAUCAACAUGUUCAACAUUGGUUCCAUUAUCGCCUACUUUAUCUCGCCUUACAUGGCGGAUAACUUGGGGAGAAAGCCAACUAUUAUGGUUGGGUGUGUCAUCAUGAUUAUUGGUUCUUGCAUUUCGGCCUUUUGCAAUGGAUACGGAAUGUACAUUGGCGGUCGAUUCAUUCUCGGUUUCGGCAACUCCUUGGCCCAGAUUUGCUCGCCUAUGCUCUUGACCGAAAUCUGCCACCCGCAGCAUCGUGGACCGUUGACCACCGUGUACAACUGUCUGUGGAACUUGGGGUCUCUGAUCGUUUCCGUUGUCGGCUGGGGCACUGCUUCCAUCACAAACGACUGGUCUUGGCGAUCCAUCACUUUCAUCCAAGCCGUUCCCUCCAUCCUCCAACUGGUUGGUAUUUGGUGGAUCCCCGAGUCUCCUCGUUUCCUCGUAAACAAGGACAAGUCGGAGCAGGCCCUUGAGAUUCUCGCCAAGCAUCACGGCGGUGGCGAUGCCAACAACGCAACUGUUCAGUUCCAGUAUCGUGAAAUCAAGGAAACCAUUCAGGCCGAUCGCAACUCCAAGAAGGCCUCCAGCUACAUGGACUUCUUGAGGACCAAGGGCAACCGUUGGAGAUUGGCUAUUAUUAUCUCCCUCGGUAUUAUUUCGCAGUACUCUGGCAAUGCUUUAUUCUCUAACUACAUCGACAUCAUCUACGAGGGUGCUGGUAUCAAGGAGCAGAACAAGAAACUUGCUCUGACCGCCGGCAAAACCAUUCUCGAUCUCAUCAUCUCCAUCAGCGCCGCCUUCACCGUCGACAAAAUCGGUCGUCGCCCACUCUUCCUCACAGCCAUUACCGGUAUGGUCGUCUCCUUCAUCUGCUGGACUAUCGUUGGUGCCGUCUACGAGAACUCGGGUGUCCCAACCCCCCCAACUGCCGACGCCCCCGCCGGCGGAACCAAAUACACCAACGCAUCCGCUGGUUAUGCCCAGAUCGUCUUUGUCUGGUUCUUCGGCAUCUUCUACGACAUUGGUUUCUCCGGCCUCCUUGUCGCCUACACGCUUGAGAUUCUGCCCUUCCAUCUCCGAGCCAAGGGUAUGACCAUCAUGAACAUUACCGUGCAGGCUGUUCUUGCUGUUGGAAACCAAACCAACAAGCUUGCUUGGAACAACCUCCCCCACCACUGGAACUUUAUGCUCUUCUACACCCUCUGGGACUUUUGUGAGCUCCUCUUCGUCUUCUUCUUCUACGUGGAGACAAAGGGCCCGACUCUGGAAGAGAUUGCUCGUAUUUUCGAUGGCGACAAUGCGGUUGUGCAUAUUGACUUUGAGCAGCUGGAGAAGGAGACGCAAAUUGCUGCUAUGCAUGAAGAAGAGGUCCGCGAGAAGGCAGCAUGA